AUGGACUCUGGUCAUCUGACUUUCCAAUGUCGCAAUUAUUUGCGUGCUGGAGCCGCCGGCAACAUUGAUCUGGACAUCGAGAGUACAAGUUCUGAUUCUGACGCCGAUGAACUUCUGAAAGAAGCAAUCGAACGAAGAAAGGCUGAGCUUGGUAUGUCCCCCCACUGCAGCCAAAAAGAGCUUGAAGAAAAAGCACAAGUCAAGCAAAAGGCGGUCAAGAUCAAGAAGUCGAUCCUCAUCCCGUGA